GGCACACAUCCCCUCCGGUAGUCUGUAGCGCACUUAAAUACAGCGCCAUCCCCGGCCUCCAUCUUCUCCACUUCUCCUCUCAUUUUCUCGCCCCAAAAUCCCAAUAUCCAAACAGAAAAAUCGCACCGAGAGCGCCGAAGAAAUCCAGCCUCUCGCACUGUGGAUUGCUUGGUUCCCUCACCAAGCGAAAAUGGCGCGGAAAUCAGCUCGAUCUCCGCUUCUCCUCAUAGCUGCUGCGGUUUCCCUCCUCGCCAUCGUCGGUGCCGAGUCUCCCUACCGCUUCUUCGAUUGGAACGUCACCUAUGGCGACAUUUACCCGCUCGGCGUCCGCCAACGAGGGAUUCUGAUCGACGGCGCGUUCCCGGGGCCGGAUAUCCACUGCGUUACCAAUGACAAUCUCAUCAUCAAUGUGCACAACAGCUUGGACGAGCCUUUCCUCCUCUCUUGGAAUGGGAUGCAACAGAGGAGAAAUUCAUUCGUGGACGGUGUUUACGGCACCACGUGUCCGAUCCCUCCGGGGAAGAACUACACGUACAUUCUCCAAGCAAAGGAUCAGAUUGGCAGCUUCUACUACUUCCCUUCCCUCAACUUCCACAAGGCCGCCGGUGGGUUCGGAGGGAUCAGGAUCCUCAGCCGACCCGGUAUUCCGGUGCCGUUCGCUGACCCUGCCGGCGACUACACCAUUCUCAUCGGAGAUUGGUACAAGUCCAAUCACACGGACUUGAGAGCCCAAUUGGAUGGUGGCCACAAGUUGCCUCUAGCUGAUGGGAUCCUCAUCAAUGGUCGUUCAUCUGGCUACGCUCUCACGGUUGAGCAAGGCAAGACAUACAGGCUCAGGAUUUCCAACGUUGGGCUACAGAAUUCGGUCAACUUCCGCAUCCAAAACCACAAGAUGAAGCUGGUCGAAGUGGAAGGAACGCACACUCUCCAGACAACUUACUCUUCUCUCGACGUCCACCUCGGUCAAUCUUACUCCGUUCUGUUCACCGCCGACCAGCCAGGGCAAGACUAUUACAUCGUGGUGUCUUCUCGCUGGACAGCUCCGAUCCUCACCACUACCGGUGUUCUUCAUUACAGCAACUCCGCUGGUCCGGUUUCUGGUCCACCUCCCGGCGGCCCAACCAAUCAGAUCGACUGGUCCCUCAACCAAGCCCGCUCCAUCAGGUCUAAUCUGACGGCAAGUGGACCGAGGCCGAACCCACAGGGCUCGUACCACUACGGUAUGAUCAACUUGACGAGGACCAUCGUUCUGGCCAACUCAGCUGGCCAAGUGAACGGCAAGCAGAGAUAUGCUGUCAACAGUGUCUCGUUUGUUCCAGCCGACACUCCUCUGAAGCUUGCAGACUACUUCAAAAUCCAGGGCGUGUUCAAGGAGAACAGCAUCUCCUCUAAUCCCACCGGUGGCGGCGUCUACCUCGACACCUCUGUUCUGACCACUGCCUACAGAACAUUCAUCGAGAUCGUGUUCCAGAACGACGAGGACAUCGUGCAGAGUUGGCAUCUCGAUGGUUACAGCUUCUGGGUCGUUGGUUUGGAUGGCGGGAAGUGGACGACUGCAAGCAGGAACCAGUACAAUCUGAGGGAUGCAGUUUCGAGAUCCACCACCCAUGUGUAUCCCAAUUCAUGGACUGCAAUCUACAUUGCUCUGGACAAUGUGGGAAUGUGGAACUUGAGGACAGAGUACUGGGCGAGACAGUACCUGGGCCAGCAGUUCUAUUUGAGGGUUUUCACGACGUCGACUUCGCUCAGAGACGAGUACCCAAUCCCGAAGAAUGCACUUCUUUGCGGCAGAGCUGCCGGCCGGCGCACACGGCCGAUGUAAAAGGGGGAAACACGGCCGAGAAGUUAUAUGGUAAUUUAUUGUUGCGGUGAACGUUGAGAUUUGAGGUGGGUUCGGGAUUGGUUAAAGAAAAGGAGGAGGAGGAGGAGGAGGAGGAGGAGGAGGAGGAGAUUGAUUUGAGUAAUGCGUAGGGAAUGUUUGAUUUAGGGGUAAAUUAUGGAAUUGCGGAACGCGACUGUUUGUACCAUUUGAGAAAUUGAUAUAACGAGACCUCAGCUCGAGGUCACAUUGGUGAUUUUUUUUUUAACCUUCUGUUAUGGCCUGUGGAAGGAUACAUGAUUCUUUUUAGGCUUGUAAAACUUUGUGUUGAUACUUGAUAGUCUUAUCUGAAGCGGUUACUUCGCUGGUUGUUUUGGUUUUAUAUAUUUAUUUAUUUUUAUUUAUAGUUUCUGAGUAAAUUACAUAGUUGAAUGUUCCUAUUUGGUUACUAAAAAUAUUUAAUUCCAUUCGUGACCACUAAAAUUAGUUAAACAUUUCAAGUUUGGUCAUUUUCUGUUCAAUUUCGUCA